UUGAACGGGGAGACGUGUGUUCUGCUCCAGAUGAAGAAACUCUCUCUUCGCUACAAGAAGCAGAAACCUCUGGACCUGACAGAACGGGCCUUUUCUCCUCAGAACCCGGUCGACACCGGUCAGUCCGUCUGCCGCCGGGACAAAGCCUCGUUGGUCAUGAGGUUUGGAGAUGUGGAAGAUUUGAGGGACCUGUCAAUCAAGCUGCAACUCUCCAACACGUUCUACGAGUCUUCUGGUCGAUGGUGGUUCUCUGUGGACGACGUCACUCUUUCGUACAACGCCUCUGAAGAAGCCGUGUUCAACGCCACUGAUGUUUACGCUCCGGCCUCUUUCUCCUACCGCUGCCUCCACGUCAGCAGCCUGCAGAGACACGGCGGUCUGCUGCAGCCGAGCACUGAGCGAGCGCGCCGCUGGUCCGUCGCCUUCGUCGACUUCCAGAUUCAAGCAUUCAACGUCAGCGUUGGUAAGUUCUCUCCUGCGAGCGACUGCACCACCGCCCUGACCCCAGCCAUCCUGAUGGGCCUCAUCACGUCCCUCAUCCUGCUGCUGGUUUUGGCCUACGCCCUGCACAUGGUGGUCCACCUGAAACACGCCCAACAUGACGACGAGCAAAAAGUCGACAUUUACUUCCCGCAAAACCCCGAGCUCCUCGAACCCUGCUGUGAAGAAACCGUCACUGAGAGGAAUGUUGUGAAAAACAUCUAA